AUGACUGAAGAUAAGCGGUUGUGGGAUUCUUGUCAGGAGAAGUUGGAAAAACAGGUUUUAGAGCUACAAAAUGAGCUUAAUGAAGCAAGGGUACUCAGCCAAGGACGUGAAGAACUGUGCAGUGAGCUGAGACAAGCAAAAACUGAUUUGGAAGAAAAAGUUUUAAAGCUCGAAGGUGAUCUUAAUGAAGAAUUGGGCUCUGAAUUAAUGAAAGAAAAGAACGAAAUGCAAAAUAAGGUAACAGAAUGCAAUGAUGAGACCGAAGAAUUGAAGGCAAAAUUGGCUGAACGUGGGUUCUUGUGGGAUUCUUCUAAGACAGAGUUGGAAGCCACUGUUGCAGGGCUGCAAAAUGAGCUCAAAGAAACAAGAUUGUUGAGCCUGAAACAUGAAGAAGCAUGCAUUCAACUAAGGCAUGAGAAAACAAAAUUGGAAGACGAGUUGAAAGACUUGGAUGAUACGAAUGAGGAAUUACAUGCCAAAAUGACUGAAAAUGGUUGCCUUUGGGAUACUUGUAAGGCGAAUUUAGAAGGUACAGUAAUAAAGCUGCGGAAAAAGCUUAAUGAAACAAAGAUUCUGGCCCACAAUAAUCAAGUCUUAUACAAUGAAAUAAGUAGAGAAAAAAGUGAGAUGGAAACUAAUUUUCAUCAAUCCAUCAAUGAAGCUAAACAAUUAAAGGAUAAAAUAGCUGAAGAAGGGCACUUGUGGGAUAUAUCUAAGCGAGAAUUUGAAGUUACAUUUGCAAAACUGCAAAAUGAGCUUAAUGAAGCGAGAAUGUUAAGCCAGAAGCAUGAAGAUUUGUGGUCUCAAUCAGAACAGGAAAAAACUGAGUUGGAAAAUAAUUUUAAUCAAUCUAUUAAUGAAAUUCAGCAAUUAAAGGAAAAAUUGGCUGAAGAUAGGCACAAGUGGUAUAGUUAUAAGAGAGAAUUUGAAAUUACAUUUGCAAAACUGCAAAAUGAGCUCAACGAAGCGAGGAUGCUAAGCCAGAAGAGCUGUGUAAUGUGCUCAGAGAAGAAAACAAUCAGAUAG